AUGAUACCUCUCACAACUCUCUGGUUUUGCGCCAAAAGGAUGCCCCGCAUUUUCGCGCUGACAUUUGAUUUCAUUACUGUUUUUCUACUUGCUUUUGUUCUCGUAGGGUGCAGUAACGCAAAGCAACUGUCGACCUAUCUGGUCAGUUAUAAAUUCAAUACUGAUUCACCAAUGUAUGAGAUAAUUGAGACAUCUUUCAACUCCACUCAAUCAACAGAGGGUCUCCAGGACGUUGAAAUAUUUGCGGGAUAUUUAGGUAUCUGCUUUGAUAACGUUCCUGCGACUAUAAGCAAUACGUCAAUAUUAUGCUUUGAUCGUAAGAAUGUCUCUAAUAGCGCUUUUUAUGAUGACUUGGCGGUAAAAGUGUUCAAUAUCCGGUCUACAAACUCAACCGUCACUAAAUCCACCGAAUUGAACAUCGUGCAACUGGCCCAGGACAUGUCAGUGGAAAUUGUGCAUCCUUAUAUUUUGAUUGCAACAAUCAUUUUAGCACUUUUGAUGUUUUGUUUGAUCCUUUAUGUGACCUUGCCGAAAGUCCCCGGAAAAGGCCCUGCAAAUCUCGCUCUUUUGGCGCUAUGCCCGAUUAUAACCCUUUUGUGGGGAAUCGGCGCAAUGUGCACCCAUAUUGCCAGUAAAUCAAGUUCGGAAUUUAUCCCAGCCGCUUCGAUGAACAUAAUUGAUGUUCAUAAAGGCUCUAAGGCUGCUACGAUGUCGUGGUUUUCAUUUUCUUUUCUGUGCAUCGAUUGUUUAAUUCUCUGGGGACUUUAUUUCAGAGACCGUAAAUCGCUCAGCAAGGAAAUUGAUAACGUGCGGAAAUCUGAUCAAAAUCCCCCCAAAUACGCUAGUGAUGAAUCGAGCUUUUCGAGUAGAAACUAUCACUAUAAAUAA